GCAAUAUAAUAGUUAAUCAAUUCAGUGUAUAUAACUAAGAAGAAGAAGCACGGUCAUUAGAUAAUAUCCAUCUCCAAGAGAAAAGAAGAAAGAGAUAUUGAGAAGAACUCUAAGGAAUCAGUUAUAAGCUCAAACAAUGGAAGGAGAAGCUGUCGCAGCUGUCAUUAAAGUUUUAGUUCAAAACCUCAUCGACCAUUCCAAGAAAGAGAUCUCACUUAUCCGUGGUCUCGACAAAGAAGCAGCAAAGCUAUCUGGGAGUUUAGACACGAUCCAGCAAUUGUUGAACGAUGCUGAGAGCCGUGCCGUUCCCGGUGGGGCUGUCAAAAGCUGGCUGAGGAAGCUCGAAGAUGUGGCGUUCGAUGCUGACAACGUUUUGGAUGAACUCAAUUACCAUCACCUCUCCAAACAAAUCAAGUCCAUCAAGCCCAUGAAAGAAAAGGUACUCUCAUGCUUCUCAUCUUUGAGUCAUAGUGCGCAUCCCAGAAAUAUAGCUCUUAAAAUCCAAGAAAUCAAUGAGAAAUUGGAGUAUGUUCGAAAAGAGGGAGCCGAGCUUGGCCUCAAAGAGAGGCUUGCAAACGAUGUGCCAAAAUUGCCGCAUGCUGCUUUUGAAACUGAUUCCUUCUCACAUGAUCCAAUUUUUAUUGGAAGAGAUGAGUUGGUAUCGGAAAUAGUUGAGAUUAUUAACACUAGUACCACAACUGAUGAAUGUGUAAUUUCUAUCUUUGCCAUUGUGGGAAUGGGAGGAUUGGGGAAGACAACCUUAACUAGGAAUGUCUUCCAUCAUCCAAAGAUAAAAUCUCCAUUUGGAUCACAUCUUUGGGUGCAUGUUUCUCAAAUUUUUGAUCCAAUCACGCUCUUCAAGAAAAUCCUCAAAUGUUUAACUUCUACCGAUAAAGUUGAAGUUGAGAGUAGGGAAGAUAUUAUGAAAAAGCUUCAGGAAGCUUUGAAAGACAAAACUUAUCUUCUAAUUCUUGAUGACGUUUGGAAUGAAGAUCGUCCCAAAUGGGAUGAUUUUAUCAAUUCAUUGGUUGGCGUAACUUCUACCAAGAGGAAUGCAAUUGUUAUUACCACCAGAAAUAUGGAAGUCACUACAACUAUGCAAUCACUUUAUACACAUGAACUCAAAGGAUUAUCACAUGAAGAUUGUUGGUCAAUAAUCAAAGCAAAAACUUUUGGAAAAGAGGAUAUUCCAUCAGAGUUUGAGGCCAUAGGGAGGAAGAUUGCAACAAGAUGUCAAGGUUUGCCAUUAGCUGCUAAUGUAUUUGGUGGAGCACUAUGCUAUAAAUCUGAAGAAGAAUGGAUCUUGAUCGAAGAGAAAUGGCUUUCCUAUAAUGAAGGGGAUCAUAUCACAAAGAUUUUGAAGUUGAGCUUUGAUAAUUUGUCUCUGCCGUCGCAAAAUCAAAAGUCAAGAACUGAUUGA